UAUUGAAAAUGAUAAUGAUGAUGAAUUGACGACAAAAACAGUGCCAAACAAACCCUUUCGAUCUCAAUUCUCUCUCCCUCUCUUCAGCUCAGCACAGAAAAUGGCGGUUACCGCGGUUCACCAACUAGCACAAUGCAUCACUUGCCACGCUUGGAGCGCCGAUCGAUCCAUGGUUGCAUUAUGUCCAAACAACAGUGAAGUUCACAUCUAUAGAUUGGUUGAAGACAAAUGGGAAAAGGUGCAUGUUCUCCAAAAGCAUGACCAGAUAAUAUCUGGGAUAGACUGGGGCGCGAGAUCAAAUAAAAUAGUUACUGCCUCCCAUGAUCGGAAUUCAUAUGUCUGGAACCUUGAGAGAUCAGAAUGGGUGCCCACACUUGUUAUCCUUAGGCUAAACCGGGCUGCUCUCUGUGUUCAGUGGAGUCCGAAAGAAAACAAGUUUGCAGUGGGAAGUGGAGCCAAAACUGUUUGUAUAUGCUACUAUGAGCAGGAAAACAACUGGUGGGUCAGCAAACUAAUCAGGAAAAGACAUGAUUCUUCAGUGACAAGUGUCUCUUGGCAUCCUGAUAAUAUUCUGGUUGCAUCAACAUCCACAGAUGGAAAAUGCCGAAUAUUUUCCACCUUUAUAAAAGGUGUAGAUGCAAGGGAUCCAAAAAAAGAGUCAAGGUUUGGAGAGUUAAUUGUUCAGCUUGAUUUGUCAUCAUCUUGGACGUUUGGAGUCAAGUGGUCACCAAGUGGAAAUACUUUAGCUUACGUAGGCCAUAAUUCUGUGAUAUAUUUUGUUGAUGAUGUCGGUCCUUCUCCUUUGGCUCAAAAUGUUAUGUUCCGUGAUUUGCCUCUCCGUGAUGUGUUAUUUGUUUCUGAGAAAAUGGUGAUAGGCGUAGGAUAUGAUUGCAUCCCAAUGGUCUUUGCUGCAGAUGAAAGAGGAAUUUGGAGUUUUAUCAGGUAUCUUGGAGAACGGAAAGCAGUAUCAUCUGGAUCAAGAUAUGGCUCACAGUUUUCUGAAGCAUUUGGGAAGUUUUAUGGCCAAGCCAAGCUUGGAGUGAGCAAUGAUGCCGUCGAAACUUCAAGAACACGUGGAGUUGUACACGAAAACUGUAUAAAUUCUAUCAUCCCUCUUAGCAGGCAAGGGACACAGAUAAGGCGAUUCAGCACAUCAGGAUUGGAUGGAAAAAUAGUCAUGUGGGAUUUGGAAACUGAGCAAGAUCUUUUGGAACUUUUAGUAUAAUUAGUAACUUGUCCAGAUUUGGUGCCAAAAUAUACUAGGUAAUUGUCGCGUGCAGCAUUAUUAUAUACAUACAAUGUAGAUUAAAGUUUUUUUUUUUUUUGUAAUUUUAUUUCAAUAAAAGAAUAUCUAGCAUUAUCAUAGCUAAUAUACGCAUGUAGAUCUUUGUGAGUGAACUCUGCCAAGACCUUAGAUAACAAGAAAGAUGAAGGGUUGGGAAAAGGAAGAAUGUUAUGUGUAUUAUUUUGUGUAUUUUUUUGUAUUAAAAAUUAUUGAUAAG